AUGAUAUUGGCCAACAAGGUUGCGACUGCGUCAUUUGAUCAGCUGGCUGCGGGUGGCAUUAGAAUUAUAUAUAAUCAGCCACAACAUGCGAUUCUAGGCGAUCACAGAAGUAUCCCUCAAGAAGAUAUCAAAUUCCUUUGCAACCCAUCUCAGCGGCUUUUUCCACAACACACAGUUUUGAGUGAACGCAAAUUUGGCAAAGACUACGGGAAGAUAUUCAAAUGUUCUUCUUGUGACCGAACUUUCACCUCCAGAUCAGGGUUGUGGUAUCAUGUACAACUUGUUCACGAAGUUCAAAAUUAUCCAUGUGAUCAGUGUUCGAGAACGUUCAGGUUAAAACAAUAUCUUAUUGCACAUAUUCAACAAAUUCAUGAAAAAAGAUUGGCUAAAUGUGAAGAAUGUGGUACAACGUUUGCUUCAUUGGGCAAUUUAAAGAAACAUGAAAAAAGUAUACAUGGAGGCAGAUUAUUCGACUGUCCUUCUUGUGAUCGUUCCUUCACCUCAAGAUCCGGUUUAUGGUAUCACAUUCAUCUUGUCCAUGAUGUUCAGUCAUUUCAGUGUGAUAUAUGCUCCAGGACAUUCGCCCUACGAGUUUAUCUUCACGCUCAUGUACAACAGGUCCAUGGAAAGAGAAUGGUCAAAUGCGAACAGUGUGGCGAUUUUUUCUUGUCUGGAAGCAUUUUCAGGAGACAUCAAGAAACUCGACAUAAAGGCAUGAAAAUCUCACCGCAACAAUACAAUUCCCCGGUUCCACGAAAACCAAAUAAAUUGAGACCUCCUCUAGGUCGACUGAUAUUCAAAUGCGCUAGCUGUAACAAAUCUUUUGCCUCCAGAUCUGAUGUCGCGAUGCAUUACAGACAUGUACACGCUGCUAAAUUAAUUAAGUGCGCCGAGUGUGAUAGAACUUUUACAUCGAAAUCGACUUUGCAAAAUCACGUACGCGUCGCUCAUCCCGAUGAUGAUGAAGAAGAGGAGAUCGCGGAAGAAGUUGACGAGUAUGACGAUGAAGAUGAUGACCAAGUUAAAGUGGAAAUCCCAUCACCACCUCGAAAACCUCCGGCCAAAACAGUCACCAUACUACUUUUCCGUACAAAUAAAAAGCUUCGUCUUCAAAACCCAACUGUUUCAUAA